UGUAGAUUUCCGUCAUAAAAGAAUUAACCCACCACCAGCGCCAACCAAUACGCCCACAUAAAGCGCACACACCUACAUACAUACAUAGACGCAACAGUGAACUGCAUGUGUGGUAGUUACAACGACAGCAACAACUACAACAAUAAAGUCAACAAUUUGUUAAACAACGAUAGCGAAUGUGAAAGACUAACAAAAAAUACAAAAAAAAAAUAAAAAAUAAAACAAACAGAGAAAAACACUAAUAAUAACGCGGCGGCAACAAAUAUUAACGACAACGUACAUCAUAAAAAAGUAGCAACAAAAAUACAUAGUGUCAACGACUACUAAAACAGUAAUAGCAAAGAAAAGCGAAUAAACAAACAAAAACAACCAACAACAACAACAAGUACGAAUUGAGUACGCAAAGAAAUAAAGUGUCAAAGCGAAGCGAUUUAAAUCAUUUCGCCGCCACCAACACCACCACCACUUUGACAUACGCCUUCAACUCAAAUCAUUCUCCGUUCUCAAUUCCUCAUUCAUUAUCAGCGCCGCUGCCCCACAGUCCGCCCACAGUACGAUACGUGAGUUAGAGCGCGCGCGUGAGUAGCAGUAAACGUGUGUGCUGACAGUUACGAGUAUAAACCGUUAUCGCCCGCAAUUACGCCGUUACACACAACAACUAUUGAGAAGUAGCACCAAUACGCGCGCAGCAGCAGCAGCACAAAUACCAACGCUUCACAUUGCUGCCCCCACAUCACCCACAGUGCAACCACCACCAUUAGCGUGUGCGCUACGCCACCAUCGCAGUAGUAAAUAACUGAGCGCAGUGAUAACUAAUACGCUCGUAAUUUUGACGACGCGCACUCAAAAAGCAGUACGCCGCGCGCGCUUGUCAGUUAGUUGAUUUGUGCGCUGUACAGCCGCACAUCACAUGCCGUACGUCGCGCAUUUUCACUAAGUUCUCCUACUUAGAAAUUCUUGCGCUCCAGCGAGUAGUAGAACCUCAAAUUGGCCGCGCUUGCCGCCCAACGAGCAUACGAUAAUUGCAGUAGCGGGCGAAAAACAAACAAACGUACUUACAAAUUCCAUUUGGGAGCGCGAGCGUAAGGUUCGCCUAAUCAGUAAUUAGCUGACGAGUGCACAAAUACCUAAGUGUAGCGCACUUAUACAGCCACAAGCGCAAGUGCAUACUAUACACAUUUUUUUUUUAAUAUUUAUUGACGCGCUGCGCUGUCACCUCACCAAUACACUAACAACCCAGCAGCAGCACCGACAGAGGCAAAGCCCUAAGCAACGACAAAAUGUUCGCCGUAAUGAGAAUCGACAACGAUGACUGCCGGUCGGAUUUCCGUCGCAAGAUGCGUCCAAAGUGUGAGUUUAUUUGCAAAUAUUGCCAGCGGCGUUUUACAAAGCCCUACAAUCUGAUGAUACACGAACGCACCCACAAAUCGCCCGAGAUAACGUAUUCCUGCGAGGUUUGCGGCAAAUAUUUCAAGCAACGCGACAACCUGCGUCAACACAGAAAUAUGCAUCAGGAUACCUGUGGACGCAUGUACUAAAAUAAAGCAAAAACAAAAAGACAUUGACUAAGCUGAAAAGCAAAAAAAAUGAAGCAGCAAGUAUUUAUAAAAAUUUUAAAAGUAAACAAAAAAUAACUGCAACUUAAUUUAAAAAAAAAAACUAUCCCAACGCCUUAGCCCCCUUUCAAACACGUUAAGUUUUCGUAGGCGAAGGCGGCGAGUAGAGAGAGAGAGAGAAAGAGUACAGUUACCGCCAAACCGUCAUUGAGAAAUUGAGUAAAGAAGCGCGUAAACUUGAAUUCAAUAAAAGUUGACGCUUGUGAAAGUUAAUAGCAACACACCAAACAGAAAGAGAAAACAGUGCUUGCAUUCAGGCAAUUGAUUCGUGAAAACGCCGACUAAGAAACGCUUCACACUCAAUGUCCAACUGAUAAAUAGCAGCUGCGUAAAAUGCAAAAAUAUAGAAGAGCUUAAAAAUGAUUCACAAUCGUAAAACUUUCACUAAAAAAUUUCUUGACACCUGCAAGCCAAAAAGGGAUUUUAAGGCAA